GCCGCGGGGACCCGGGUGUGGGGGGGACCCUCCCGGGACGGACACGCCCCCGGCUCCGCGCAAGUUUGCAGGGGAACGGGGAGGCUGCACGCCCGCGUCCCUCCGAGGACCCUGGAGGUGGGGACCUCGCGUGAGGACCAGACCUCCCUCCGCGCCCCCCACUGCGCGCGCCCUCCCAGGCCCUGGGGUCCCGGCGUCCCAGGCCCUGGGGGAUGGGGGUCGCGAAAGGCCCGGGGAGCCCGGGGCCAGCAUCCCCCGCCCCGGCAGCAGGAAGUCGCUACGGAGGGGCCGCGGGCGCGCCUCCCCUCCCGCCCCGCCUGUCCUGGGAGGUGAUUCACGCGGGCGGCGGCCCGGGCGGGCCCGGGAGGUGGGCGCGGCCGCGGUUACCCCGGCAGGACGUCCGCGCCUCCGCCCCUGGGGUGGGCGCUCCCGGUGCGCGCGGAGAGGGCUGACCCUCGGUCCUGGCACCCAGUGUGUCGGCGGGAUUCGAACCCCUGCACGUGCGGGCAGCCUCCCUGCCCUUCGCUAUCCUGACGCUGGUGAACGCCCCGUAUAAGCGAGGAUUUUACUGCGGGGAUGACUCCAUCCGGUACCCCUACCGUCCAGACACCAUCACCCACGGGCUCAUGGCUGGAGUCACCAUCACGGCCACCAUCGUCCUCGUCUCUGCCGGGGAAGCCUACCUGGUGUACACAGACCGGCUCUAUUCUCGCUCUGACUUCAACAACUACGUGGCUGCUGUAUACAAGGUACUAGGGACCUUCCUGUUCGGGGCGGCCGGGAGCCAGUCUCUGACAGACCUGGCCAAGUACAUGAUUGGGCGUCUGAGGCCCAACUUCCUAGCCGUCUGCGACCCCGACUGGAGCCGGAUCAACUGCUCGGUCUAUGUGCAGCUGGAGAAAGUGUGCAGGGGAAACCCUGCGGACGUCACCGAGGCCAGGUUGUCUUUCUACUCGGGACACUCUUCCUUUGGGAUGUACUGCAUGAUGUUCUUGGCGCUGUAUGUGCAGGCACGGCUCUGUUGGAAGUGGGCGCGGCUGCUGCGACCCACAGUCCAGUUCUUCCUGGUGGCCUUUGCCCUCUAUGUGGGCUACACCCGCGUGUCUGAUUACAAACACCACUGGAGCGAUGUCCUUGUUGGCCUCCUGCAGGGCGCACUGGUGGCUGGCCUCACUGUCCGCUACAUCUCAGACUUCUUCAAAGCCCGACCCCCGCAGCACUGUCCGAAGGAGGAGGAGCUGGAACGGAAGCCCAGCCUGUCACUGACGUUGACCCUGAGCGAGGCUGACCACAACCACUAUGGAUACCCGCACUCCUCCUCCUGAGGCUGGACCCGCCCAGGCAGGGAGCAGCUGUGAGUCCAGCUGAGGCCCACCCAGGUGCUCCCUCUGGCCCUGUUUAGGCACUGAGGGCUCUGGACGGGCUCCGGGAACCCUGGGCUGAUGGGAGCAGUGAGCUGGCUCCGCUGCCCCCUGCCCUGCACUGGACCAGGGGUCUGGAGAUGCCUGGGUCGCCCUCAGCAUUUGGAGGGGAACCUGUUCCCGCCGGUCCCCAAGUAUCCCCUCGUUUUAUGGGGUUAAGGAAGGGACCGAGAGAUCAGAUAGUUGCUGUUUUGUAAAAUGUAUGUGUGGUUUUUAGUAAAAUAGGGCGUCUGUUUGACAA